AGCGACUCCAUGCUGGAGAAAGAGACAGAGGUGGAGAGGAAACACAGAGAUGGAGACGGUGCACUGAGAGCUAGUUGGGAAAGAUCUGCACACACACGUGAGUAAAACAAUAGGUGGAGGGUGAAGGAGAGGGGAGGUUUAGGGGCUAGAGGAGGUUAGGUUGGGUGAUGGGAGUCAAGAGGAUGGAGCCCAGAAAUAGGCUUUACAGGACGGCUCUUCAUGUGCCGCAGACGUGACUCUGAGCACUAGUGGGCUGAAAUUGGCUAAAAGGGGAACAAGACAGGACGGAAGGUCUGCAGCGUCUUGGUUUAGCCUCACUGGAUGCAGCAAGGCAGCUGAUUUAUUACUAAAGGGCUUGGUGGCAGCGUGCGUGUGUGUGUUAGUGUAUAUGAGUGUGUGUGUGUGUUUUUUACGAGUCCUUGCACUGUAGCGCUUGGAGCUUUGGGAGAGACCAUUCCUCCAGUCAUAAAAUGACAUUCAGCAGGCAGGAGCUGUGUGUGUGCUGCUGCAGUCCUCAGUAGGAAGUGGGAGAGUGCGCUUUUAGGUGCAGAAGAGCAGAGGGUCUUGAGACAAUGCAAGGACGGCCGCAGAGGAGCACUGAUGGCAAGGAGGCCAGCUGAAGUAUAGAAGGAGGAGCACCAAGAGGGUAAAGGGUGGAGGGAGAGAGAGGCGGCAAAGAGAGGGUGAUCAUGGCUGUCAAGCAGUGAGCUAUAGCAUAUGCUGUAGUGCAGAACAGAGUGGUGCGGCAGGGGAGGACAGGCAUCACUGCACAGGAGAGGAGGUGGGGUGAAGGCGAGGAGAGGGAGGAGAGGGCUGAGGGGGGUGGGGGUAGGCAAUCAGUUCAGCACCUCUCCACCAUUGGCAAGAGAAUCAUUGCACGGCAAGCCCGGGGGAAGCACAAAAGCAUCACCCAAAAGGUGUAGAGGUCAACAGGGAGCCAGUGCAGCGCAGAGGUCAACGGGCAAGGGGGGGCGCGAGGAAGAAAGGUCGAGUACCCCGUUUGGUGUGACUAAACCCUGACACCUCACCAUGGGAGAGUGGACCAUUUUGGAGCGGCUGCUGGAGGCGGCUGUCCAGCAGCACUCUACUAUGAUUGGCCGGAUCCUGCUGACAGUGGUGGUGAUCUUCCGUAUCCUGAUAGUGGGCAUAGUGGGUGAGAAGGUGUACGAGGAUGAGCAGAUCAUGUUCAUCUGCAACACCAUGCAGCCCGGCUGCAACCAGGCUUGUUACGACAAAGCCUUCCCCAUCUCGCACAUCCGCUACUGGGUCUUCCAGAUCAUCCUGGUGUGCACCCCCAGCCUGUGCUUCAUCACCUACUCCGUCCACCAGUCGGCUAAAGCCCGGGACCGCAGCUACUCCCUCCUGCACCCUUACAUGGAUCACCACGGCCACGGCCACCACGGCCGCCAUCACGACCAUCACGCCCGCAAGCUCCACGCCCGCAACAUCAACGGAAUCCUGGUGCACCCCGACAGCAGCAAGGAGGACCACGACUGCCUGGAGGUCAAGGAGAUCCCCAACGGACCUCGAGGGCUCCCUCAAACGCACAAGAGCGCCAAAGUGCGACGACAGGAGGGAAUCUCCCGUUUCUACGUCAUACAGGUGGUGUUCCGAAACGCGCUGGAGAUCGGGUUCUUGGCGGGGCAGUACUUCCUGUACGGCUUCAACGUGCCGGGAAUGUUCGAGUGCGACCGCUACCCGUGCGUGAAGGAAGUGGAGUGUUACGUGUCUCGCCCCACCGAAAAGACCGUCUUUCUGGUCUUCAUGUUCGCCGUCAGCGGCAUUUGCGUGGUGCUCAACCUGGCCGAGCUCAACCACCUGGGCUGGCGGAAGAUAAAGACCGCCAUCCGGGGGGUGCAGGCCCGCAGGAAGUCCAUCUGUGAGGUGCGCAAGAAGGACGUGUCUCAUCUGUCACAGGCCCCCAAUCUGGGCAGGACCCAGUCAAGUGAGUCGGCUUACGUUUGACAGAGGCUUCACCGCCUGGGGGUUCGAGGUACAUUUUGGACGUUUCGGCAACGGACCCCUGAGCAUCAGCGCACAAAAAGUCACCGCAGCGUUAAAACGACUAAGAAGCGCGGACUGACUGUCAGCUUUAAGUCAAGACACCUUUCAGAUUCCUGAACCUGACUUUUGGUGCUGCUCCGAAAGGAUGGAGUGUUGUACUCUGCCUAGGUGACACUAGGUGCCUUUAAAGAACCCAACAGACAUAAAUGAGCAAUUUAAUAACCACUAAAAUACUGUAAAAAGUAUAGGUUGAAACGGCGUUAAGCGACGCCCCUCAUUAUUUGCCUUUGUUGUAGCUCAUGAGUAACGCUCUCGUUUUCCUAAAAUAUGUGCACAUAUGCAAAAGCCAGGCGCAUGAGCGUGGGGGAACAAAAGCCAAUCAUUGACAUGAGUCGGGAACAGUAGAAAAAGAUCCUCUGAGAUGCUGAGGGAGGGACUCAAACAUCUCGUUUGUAUUGUCGAAAAGUACACAAUUAGGCAUUAAAUAUAACAGCGCUAACUCAGAACGGCCUCGUUGCUUUGGUCAGCAAUUUGGCAAAGCGUCAGUGGAACACACACUCACUUACCUCCCAACACUGUGUUACACACCUCAGUGCUAAGGAUGCCUGCAAGGCCGGACUUUUACGCUGAGAAAAAAGAAAGAAGAAAAAGAAGUCAAGAAAAACAUUAUGUGUACGAUCACCAUCGUAGGGCACAACACACACACACACACAUCUUUUCAAUUCAACGGUAAUAUAUAUACAUAUAUAUUGUUGUCACACAGCUUUUUCACAAGCAUAUUUGGUGCCACAUUUCAAAGGUACUGUACAUAGAUGAAUUCCCCUGAGAGUUGAUGAAGAAGACUCCUAGAUGACCAGCUUUAAUAACGUGUAUUAUCAAUGUGCUCUUUGUUAAGCCUCCACCUGUCUUAUACAAAACAUAUGUUCUGACCCCCACCCCUCUCGCCCCACCCCUAUGGACUGAAAAAGGCAUGUUAAAGAAGCAUUAACUAGAAUGGAUAGAUUAAGACAUAUAACUUAAGAAGAGUUUUAUUUAUUUGCAUCCUGCUCCUGUGAAUUGUACUCAGCAUGCAUUACGAUGAAAAAAAAAACUACUACAUAGCCUCCUAUGGUGGGAACACUGACAGCGAAUAUUGGAAAGGCUCCCGAACUGCAGCAAUAAUAAUAAUAUAUGAUAUGUGAGAAGAAAUUAAGUGAAUAAAUGAUUAUGCAAACAGCUUUAUUGGCCUUUUGUU